GCCAGGGCAGGGCAGAGUUUGCAGUACAUCAGGGCUGUGAGGAGUGAGCGCCCUCGUCCGGGGAGGCAGUCACAGGCCCAAAUGAGGGCCAAAGCACCUGCCCAAGGAAGCCUUGGGCAGAGGCCAGCGACCGUGAGAUGAGGCUGCGAAGGGAAACUAUGCCCCAGACAUCCGUGGUCUUCUCCAGCAUCCUUGGGCCCAGCUGUAGCGGACAGGUGCAGCCCGGCAUGGGGGACCGUGGUGGCGGUAGUGCAGGCAGCUCUGGGGACCUCAUUUUCCAAGAUGGACGCCUGGUCUCUGGGUCCCUGGAGGCUUUGAUGGAGCACCUGGCCCCCAGAGUGGACUAUUACCCUGACCGGACCUACAUAUUCACAUUUCUCCUAAGCUCCCGAGUCUUCAUCCCACCCCAUGAUCUGCUGGCCCGAUUGGGGCAGAUCUGCCUGGAGCAGAGGCAGCAGCUGGAGGCCGGGCCAGAGAAGGCCAAGCUGAAGGCUUUCUCUGCCAAGAUCGUGCAGCUGCUAAAAGAAUGGACAGAGGCCUUUCCUUAUGACUUCCAGGAUGAGAAGGCCAUGGCUGAGCUCAAGGCCAUCACUCACAGGGUCACACAAUGCGACGAGGAGAACGGCACCGUGAAGAAGGCCAUCGCCCAAAUGAUCCAAAGCCUGCUGCUGUCCCUGGCUGCCCGGAGCCAGCUGCAGGAGCUUCGGGACAAGAUCCGCUCACCGGCAGUGGACAAGGGGCCCGUCCUCAAGGCCAAGCCACCAGCCACGCAGAAGGACAUUUUGGGGGUGUGCUGUGAUCCCCUGGUGCUGGCCCAGCAGCUCACCCACAUAGAACUGGAGCGGGUCAGCAGCAUUCACCCCGAGGACCUGAUGCAGAUCGUCAGCCACAUGGACUCUCGGGACAAGCACAGGUGCCGAGGGGACCUGACCAAGACCUACAGUCUGGAGGCCUAUGACAACUGGUUCAACUGCCUCAGCAUGCUGGUGGCCACUGAGGUGUGCCGGGUGGUAAAGAAGAAGCACCGAACCCGCAUACUGGAGUUCUUCAUCGAUGUGGCCCGGGAGUGCUUCAACAUCGGGAACUUCAACUCUAUGAUGGCCAUUAUCUCUGGCAUGAACCUCAGUCCAGUGGCGCGGCUGAAGAAAACGUGGUCCAAGGUCAAGACGGCCAAGUUUGACGUCUUAGAGCAUCACAUGGACCCAUCCAGCAACUUCUGUAAUUACCGCACAGCCCUGCAGGGGGCCACACAGAGAUCUCAGAUGGCCAAUAGCAGCCGCGAGAAGAUUGUCAUCCCGGUGUUCAACCUUUUUGUCAAAGACAUCUACUUUCUGCACAAAAUCCACACCAAUCACCUGCCCAAUGGACACAUUAACUUUAAGAAAUUUUGGGAGAUCUCCAGACAGAUCCACGAGUUUAUGACAUGGACCCAGGUCGAGUGUCCUUUCGAGAAGGACAAGAAGAUUCAGAGUUACCUGCUCACGGCACCCAUCUACAGCGAGGAAGCUCUCUUCAUCGCCUCCUUCGAGAGUGAAGGUCCUGAAAACCACAUGGAAAAGGACAGCUGGAAGACCCUCAGGACCACACUCCUCAACAGGGCCUGAGGCGAAGACCUGGAGGCAUCAUCUCACGGGGGCACUUUCACCUGGACUGACCUGGGCCGGAGGACGACUGAGGCCUCACUGGCUGGGGUCCAUUUUGUAUAUAACUUUUCUGAAAAACAAAAGUAACUCUUUCAUGCAUCGAAGACCUUUGGCACUGACAAAUGAUGCUUUGUUUACUUUCAAGAACAGGGCAGGGCCCUGCUUCAGGAAGGGUGGGAGAAAGUAUCAUGGGAGACGGCAUCCAUGAUAACAUCUUAUUCCAAUGAGAUGUAGAUUUUUAUUUUCUACUUUUGAUGAUUAACAUCUUAUGAGAAUAAAAAAAAAAAAGCAACCAAUCUUUAAAUACCCAACCAAAAGCAACAUGAGCCCUACCUGCUCGAAUCGCCUUUCCAGCCAGUGUCUCUGUGUCGGGGUUAGUGCCUUAGAGGGUACUGGAGGGCCGGUCUCGCUGUUCUAGCCAGGGCCAGCCAGUGCCACUGAAAGGCGCCGGGCAUGCUGGGCUCCGCACUGUGCAGGGGACCUAGUGGCCAGGCCUGGGCGGGCCGGGAGGUCCGUGUGCAGCAUGCUGGAAGUGAACCUUUGAGUCUGGGCUUUCCAAAGUUUACAGUUUCCUUUUCCUUUAUCAGGGAUUUAAGGGGUCGGGAGGGGCUGGGGGAUACCUGGCAAUGUAUUUUCUUUUUUGGGGGAUGAUGUCUGGCCAAUUGUUUUGGAUGUGUAUGUUAGGAAGAGGGAGCAUUGGAAAAUAACAUCAAGGUGAUGAGGGAGUGGUGGAAUGGUCUUGUUUUCCAGGUUAUCAUUGAGACACACUCAGAAGGAAGAGAAUAGAUACAAAGUGGACUUGAGGAUGAUGGGGAGGGGUGGAACGUUCUGGAAACAGUGAAAAAGCAGUAACUCAAUAUAGCAUCACUCCAAGUGGCCUGCCUCCUCCCUGUUGAGGUUGCAGGACCGGGCUCCCCUCCUAAGACUCUGAAAAUUAGCCAGGCCAGUAACCAUUGGAGCCCCCUCAACCUAAAACUGCUCACCAUUUCGAGGCACUUCCUACCCACCCACCCAACUUGAGAAUAUUCCACUUUUGACAUCCUGGCUGUCCCGGUCCCUCCUGAGCCAGGGCGGGCAGUCCACACAGAUUCUCUUGGGAAGUGGAAAUCAGGACUUCAGUUCUGCAUGAACAGAGCUGGGUGCAUGACGCAUCCUAUCUCUCUCUGUGUGCCUGGCUUCACAGGGGCCUGGAACCGGGUACCGGGUGAGGCCAGGUCAGUGAGUAGCUAAUUCCCAAAGCUCAGAGGAGAGCCUGGAGAGGGCGGGCACCGCCUCAGGAAGGAGGUGGCUCUUCGCCCGCUGCUGAAGGCGCCCUCAGCCCGGGGUGGAGCAAGAAUGUUGACACUGUAUUGUCACAGUAUGUUUGCACUUUUCAGAAGUUCUAGAGUACAUAUUGUAUAUUGAUAGUACAUAUGGCUUUGUUUAUGUAUUUGAGAUAAAGGCUUAAAACUUGAGAAUAUAUAUAUAUAUAUAUUUGGAAUACGAUGCUAGACCCUUUUCUGUCCCGUGUUCAGGAGCCUUCUCGUCAUUGUGCACCUCACUUGGAUCGUCAGUUCUAGUACCUGGCAUUGUCUGUUUGCAACUUUAUUUUUCCCAGUUUGAUAAACAACUCUUGAUGUUUUGGUAUUUGGAGGUGAACUCUGAGUAUGAAGCUGUACCAUAAUGCAGGAGGUCAGUUGUUGGUAUGACUGGAUGUACUUGCACCAAUAAAAGAACAUGUCGCUC